AUGCCACCACCACCUCACAUCAAGCCUGAGAAUGUCCUCAAGAGGGCCCAGGAACUUAUCGCCGUCGGUCAGGCGCCCGCUGCCCUGACCGUCCUCCACGAACAUGUCACCUCCAAGCGGACCCGCAGCAGCCCGAUCGCUUCGCUCGAGCCGGUGAUGCUUCUCUUCGUUGAACUGUGUGUCGACCUGCGUAAGGGAAAGUCGGCCAAGGAUGGUCUGUACCAGUACAAGAACAUCGCUCAGAACACCAACGUCGGCACCAUCGAAGUCGUCCUCAAGAAAUUCAUCGAGCUCGCCGAGCAGAAGGUCACCGAGGCCCAGGCCAAGGCCGACGAGAUCCAUCCGCCCCCCUCUUCCACCAACGUCGAGGACCUGGAGGCUAUCGAGACUCCCGAGACCAUCCUGCUGGCCACCGUCUCCGGUGAGCAGUCCCGGGACCGCACCGAUCGCGCCGUUGUCACUCCCUGGCUCAAGUUCCUGUGGGAGACUUACCGUACCGUCCUCGAGAUCCUGAAGAACAAUGCCCGUCUUGAGAUUAUGUACCAGGCCACCGCUCUGCAGGCCUUCCAGUUCUGUCUCAAGUACACUCGCAAGACCGAGUUCCGCCGUCUCUGCGAGCUGCUCCGUAACCACGUCCAGAAUGCCGCCAAGUACUCGACCCAGAUGCACGCCAUCAACCUGAGCGACCCUGAUACCCUGCAGCGCCACCUGGACACCCGCUUCCAGCAGCUGAACGUUGCCGUGGAGCUGGAGCUGUGGCAGGAGGCUUUCCGCAGCAUCGAGGACAUCCACACCCUGUUGAACCUGAGCAAGCGCCCGGCCAAGAACGUUAUGAUGGCCAACUACUACGAGAAGCUGGCUCGCAUCUUCCUCGUCAGUGAGAACUACCUCUUCCACGCUGCGGCCUGGAACCGGUACUACAACCUCCUGCGUCUCUCCACCAUCGCCCUGGCUACCGGCCAGAGCACCAAGAAGGAGAACCCCUCCGUCACCGAGGCCGACAUGACCAAGGCCGCUUCCUUUGUCCUUCUUUCCGCUCUGUCUAUUCCCGUGAUCAGCACCACUCGCUCCCGCGGUGCUCUGGUCGACGUUGAUGAGGCCCGCAAGAACAAGAACACCCGCCUGACUAACUUGUUGGGUAUGGCCCAGCCUCCUUCCCGCCAGGUCCUGUUCCGUGAUGCUCUCAACAAGGGCCUGCUCAAGCGUGUUCGCCCCGAGAUCCGUGAUCUGUACAACAUUCUCGAGGUCGACUUCCACCCGCUCUCCAUCUGCAAGAAGAUCACUCCUAUCCUGAAGAAGAUCGGUGCCGACCCCGAGAUGGAGAAGUACGUUGUGCCUCUGCAGCAGGUCAUCCUGACCCGCCUGUUCCAGCAGCUGUCCCAGGUCUACGAGUCCGUCGAGCUCAAGUUCGUCUACGAGCUUGCCCAGUUCCCCGACCCCUUCCAGAUCACCCCCGCCAUGAUUGAGAAGUUCAUUAUGAACGGCUGCAAGAAGGGUGACCUUGCCAUCCGUGUGGAUCACAUCUCCGGUGUUCUGACCUUCGACUCGGAUGUCUUCUCUUCGUCCAAGGCCAUGCACGCUGGUAGCGCUGCUGGCUCUGCCGAGAGCGAGUUUGGCUCUGUCCAGCGUCUCCAGCACACUCCCGCCGAGAUUGCUCGCUUCCAGCUCGCCCGCCUGGCCAAGACUCUCCACGUUACUUGCAUGUACGUGGACCCCUCCUACAAUGAGGCUCGCCUGCAGGCCAAGCAGACCGCUCAGGCCCGUGCUUUGGCUGGUGCCGCUCAGGAGCACGAGGAGACUCUGGCUCGUCGCGUCGUCAUCGACAAGAAGAAGGAGGCUGCUACCGAUGCCCUCAACCGCAAGCAGCGGGAGGAGGAGACUCGCAAGCGUAUCCGCACUCAGCAGCUCCAGGAGGCUGAGAAGCAGCGUCUUGCCGACGAGCAACGCGAGCGUGAGCUUAAGCGUGUCAAGGACGAGCAGGACCGCAUUCGUGCUGAGGAGCUCAAGAAGCAACUUGAGGAGCUCAAGACCGGUGUCAAGGGUCUUGACAUUAGCGAGUUCGAUACCGAGGAGCUGGAUGCCAACCGUCUCCGUGCCAUCAAGCUGGCCCACCUUGAGAAGGAGAAGAACGAGCUUAACGACCGUGUGCGCACCACCGCCAAGCGUAUUGACCACUUGGAGCGUGCCUUCCGUCGCGAGGAAGCUAAGCACGUCCCCGCCGAUUACGAGGCCCAGAAGAAGCACGACUUGGAGCUCUACGAGGCCCAGAAGGCCGAGACUCUCACGGAGGCCAAGCAGAAGCACGCCGAGGCCGUCAUCCUCAAGCACCGUCUGGGUCGUCUCGUGCCCCAGUUCUCCAGCUUCCGCAAGGAGCUGUCCGAGAAGCGCCACGAGGAGUUCGAGAAGCGGCGCAAGGCUGCCGAGCGGGAGUUCGAGGCCAAGAAGAAGCAGCGUGUCAAGGAGGUGCAGGAGCGCCGUCGCCGCGAGAAGCAGGAGCGCGAGGAGGAGGAGCGCCUUCGCAAGGAGGAGGAAGAGCGUGCCGCUCGCGAGGAAGAGGAGCGUGUGGCCCGCGAGGAGGAGCGCCGUCGUGCUUUGGCCGAGGAGAAGGCCAAGCGCGAGGAAGAGCGAGCCAAACUCGACGAAAUUGCUCAAAAGCAGAAGCAGCGCGAGGAAGAGGCCGAGGCCCGACGCAAUGCCCGCAAGACAGGUGGUGCCUACGUCCCCGAGCCCUCUACCGAACGUACUGCACCCCGUCUCAGUCUCGCUUCUCGUCCUGCUGCUGCUGCUGGUGGUGGUGGUGGUGGCUGGAGAGACCGGUUGGCUGCCAAGGAGGCCAGCGGUGAUGCCGCCGAGUCUGUGCCCGCCCCUGCCCCUGCCCCUGCUCGGGAGGAGUCCGCGCCUCUCCGCAAGGGCGGCUAUGUGCCCCCUCACCUGCGUGGCGCUGCCUCCUCUGGCUCCGCCCCGCCAGCUCGUGAGAACGGCCCCAGCGAGCGCUCUGACCGUUUCGAGCGUCCCGAACGUAAUGACCGCUUUGAGCGCCCCGAGCGUACUGAGCGUACCGACCGUUUCGUCCCCCGUCACCUGCGUGAUCCCUCAGCUGCCACCCCCGAGGCUCCCCCUGCUGCAAAGCCCGAGGAGUCCAAGCCCAGCGGUGGCAAGUGGGUGCCCCGCUGGAAGCAGCAGCAGUCUUAA